GCACCUAAAGAGUGACAGCCUACUGCCGCUAUUGGAUUAUGGGAGGGAUUUUCAACUUGCAUUAAUCUGUGAGGCCACACACAGUACAACAGCCACUCAAUCCCAGCACUCUUUAUAUAUGCGUGAGACCUCUCACAUACACUCACACACAUAUGCACCGCUCCGAUCAAAGUGUGUGAAGCCGCAAGGACACAGACUAAGACUUGGAAAAUGAACCUCUUCUGCUUCACUCUGGAUGGCUCUACAGACAGCCUGUACGAGCCGGCCCAGAUAGGCCAGAACAGUCAAGACUUAUUACCCAGAAGGCUCCCCAGCCCCAACUCUGUGAAAAUCAUGGGCGUGUGGAGUGGACCUGAGUCCUGCGUCACCAUGAAGCUUCCAGAGACUCACACAAAUAAGACUCAAGAAAGUAAGACUUUGGAAAAGACAAAGAGAAAGUCCCAAAUACUAUCGACACCAGAAGAUGAGACUACAGAUCAUACAGAGUCUGAUGCCCACUGGCCGUCCACCAGGAAAAAAGACGGCUUGGUACACAGCAAGAACCAUUCGAACACAGAGACGGUCAAAGAUCACCACCGGUCAAAACUCACUAGAGAAGAGAAAGAGGAGCGGGUGACUUCAGAGAAGACAGUUAAAAAUCCCUCCGUCCAGGGUGUGAAUUUUGAAGCCUGGAAUCCCAAUAGAGAAAACUCUGAAUGCAGACAGCAAGACUUGUCCAGGAGGUCAGAGGGCGAGGAUGAGGCACACGGUACUCUGAAGAAGAUCCAGAAACUGGUGGGAGUGAAAAAGUGGGGUCAAAGCACCACGGAGGAGGCGAGGAACAACACAGAGCCUGGCGAAUCCAAUGGCAAAGACCAUAGUCCUGUCAUAACCUGCAUCAGUCUGACCAAAAAAGCUGAGAAGAAGCACACAAGGGCGUCCACACGGCAAUCCCAGCAGCCCCUGCAGGAUAAAGACGAUAACGCAGAAACGGAGGGUUCUUGGAGUCCAGGGCUCUUUCAGGAGUACUGGAGCCCGAUGGCGUAUUCUCCAGCGUGGGACACGUCUACACACACCUGCCACAGGUCAACGGCCGAACAUGUCAUGUACAACUUCAACUUCACCCUCCCCAGAGACACGGACUGGGAGAAAUACGAGGAGCUCUUCCACCGACUCGACCCCUACAAACGAGAUCAGCAAGACAGGUGGAUCACCCACUCUGUCAUGGACCUGGACAUGCCGGACCCUCUGCGAUCCACCAGUUUUGGAAUUUUUGACAGACAGCAGCCCACCCAGGUCAAGGCAGAAGAGAAGGUAGAAAGUUUGCCCGUGGAAGCAGCUGAGGUGGAUCCCAGUAAAUCUGGAGGUCUCGGGAAGAAGAUGAAGAACAUCUCACUGACCAUGCGUAAAAAAAUGGGCCGGAAAUACACUAAAGCCCUGUCAAAGGAAAUGGGCGAGGAGAACGAAGCUGCGGCAGCUGAAGUCGUGGAUGGCACGUUGGCCAAAGGCUGCAACCACUCCAGUAACUCCGUAGAGAGUCUGUUCAGCUUGCACAGCGGCCAGAGUUCAUCUAGUGGUGUGACCAGCGGCUCUGAGGGUUGUAGUAACAGGGACAGCCUGCGUUUAGAAGAAGAUGUGCCCUAUACGGGCCAGUUCUGCGGGAGAGCCAAGGUCCACACUGACUUCGUUCCCAGUCCCUAUGACACAGAGUCUCUCAAACUCAAGGUGGGAGAUGUGAUUGAUAUCAUCAGCAAACCUGCAAUGGGAAUCUGGACAGGGAUGUUGAAUGGUAAAGUGGGAAACUUUAAGUUCAUCUACGUCAACAUUCUGGUGGAGGAAAGCGUGCCGGAACCGAGGAUUCGCUCUCACCGGAGGAGCAGAAGACCUCGACCCAAAACUCUUCAGGAACUUCUGGAAAGACUCAAUCUGGAGGAGCACAUUUCAUCUCUGCUGUUGAACGGGUAUCAGACGGUGGAAGAUCUACGGGAUUUGAAGGAGCAGCACCUUGUGGAGCUCAAUGUGACUGACCCUGAACACCGACACCGGCUGCUAUUGGCGGCAGAAAACUUGCAGGACUCCGAACAUAAUAAUCAGAGCCACGAAGAGACAGAUGAGGAGCCCAAAUCUCCCUCUGAACAAGUCAAAGCCGAACUGAACGACUGUCCCAGAGACUCGGGCUGUUACAUUGGAUCUGACUGUUCAGACAACAGUAAAGAGGACACAGAGAGCCAGCCGGCCCCUCUCAGCCCACCUGCAACCCAAGCAUAACCACAGCCCUGCAUAAUGCUGUUUAUCUCGUCCUCGCCUGC